GAGGGGCGUGCCUUCUCCUCCGGGGCAGGGCUACGUGCUGACGCCACACGCUGGGCGGGGUCGAGAGUUUGGUGCCCCAGAGUGGGGUGUCGGCUCCUCAUUCGGGUGGAGCUCAGCUGGAUACAGGCAGUCGUGAAAGACUUCAGGACAAAAAAUGUUUCAUUUAAGGACUUGUGCUGCUAAGUUGAGGCCGUUGACGGCUUCCCAGACUGUUAAGACAUUUUCACAAAACAGACCAGCAGCAGCUAGGACAUUUCAGCAGAUUCGGUGCUAUUCUGCACCUGUUGCUGCUGAACCCUUUCUGAGUGGGACUAGUUCGAACUAUGUGGAGGAGAUGUACUGUGCUUGGCUGGAAAACCCCAAAAGUGUACAUAAGUCGUGGGACAUUUUUUUUCGCAACACCAAUGCUGGAGCCCCCCCGGGCAGUGCCUACCAGAGCCCCCUUCCCCUGAGCCGAGGCUCCCUAGCCACCGUGGCCCACACACAGUCCCUGGUGGAGGUGCAGCCCAACGUCGACAAGCUCGUGGAGGACCACCUGGCGGUGCAGUCUCUCAUCAGGGCGUACCAGAUACGAGGGCACCAUGUAGCACAGCUGGACCCCCUGGGGAUUUUGGAUGCUGAUCUGGACUCCUCCGUGCCCGCUGACAUUAUCUCAUCCACAGACAAACUUGGUGAGGGUCCAAGAACAGUCAGCUGCGUUGCUUGAGCCCCUCUCUCUGUGCCGCAGCCUGUGGUAGCCAGGACAUCCAGGCAGGAGGGAAAGGCUCUUAAGUUUCCUUCGCUCUGAUCACUUGAAAUUUAUCAGUAAUAAAACCUUA